CACAAGUGCUACUUGAGGGGGUCAGUUUAGGAGGCGCGCCUAUAAAUUGUACAGGUCCCUGCUUGAUUUCGGGCAGUUAAGGUAGCCCAGUGCAAGACGCAUCACCAAAAGGAAUAUUGCUUCUGAAUCCUUAUCGUGGACGAAAAACAAAUAGACGUGUUAUGCUGUUUUGGGAAUUGAGCUCUCUGGAGCUGCAUGGACCCGCACAAUCCGGACAGAAAACUCUCUCACGAAAUAACGUUCUCAUAGUCACAGACCUGAACAUACGGUCGCUGCGCCUCAGCAGGUAGUAAAGAGCGAUUUUGUCUCCUUUGAGCUUCGGAAGUCAUCAGUCACCACAGCUAUGGUUGUAGUCAGGCCCGCAGAUCUCGCCCCCACUGCCGCUGUUAAGUUCUUCGGUGCCGGGACCGCAGCCUGCAUCGCUGACCUGGUCACCUUCCCACUGGACACGGCCAAAGUUCGCCUGCAGAUUCAGGGGGAAUCCAAGGCAAUAGAGGAAGUGGGGCAGGCGGCACGCUACCGCGGCGUGUUUGGCACCAUCACUACCAUGGUGCGCACAGAGGGGCCCCGCAGCCUCUACAACGGCCUGGUGGCGGGUCUCCAGAGGCAGAUGAGCUUCGCCUCCGUCCGCAUCGGCCUCUAUGACAGCAUGAAGCAGUUCUACACCCGCGGCUCAGACAACGCAAACAUCGUGAUCCGGCUUCUGGCCGGCUGCACGACGGGGGCGAUGGCCGUGGCGUUUGCCCAGCCCACCGAUGUGGUCAAGGUGCGAUUCCAAGCCCAGGUGAGAGUAGCGGAUGGCGCUAAGCGAUACAACGGCACCAUGGAUGCCUAUCGGACCAUAGCCCGGGACGAGGGCGUCCGGGGACUUUGGAGAGGCUGUCUGCCCAACAUAACACGGAAUGCCAUUGUGAAUUGUGCAGAGCUAGUCACCUAUGACAUCAUCAAGGAGCUCAUUCUGAAGUAUGACAUCAUGACAGACAACCUGCCCUGCCACUUCACCGCCGCCUUCGGCGCGGGCUUCUGCACCACCAUCGUGGCGUCGCCGGUCGACGUGGUGAAGACGCGCUUCAUGAACUCCGCAGCAGGACAGUACAGCAGUGCCAUCAACUGUGCUCUCACCAUGUUGACCAAGGAGGGACCCACUGCCUUCUACAAGGGGUUCAUGCCGUCCUUCCUUCGCCUAGGAUCGUGGAACAUCGUCAUGUUCGUAUCAUAUGAGCAGAUCAAGCGUGCAGUAAUGCGAGCACAGCAGUCAUGGGAGUCCCCUUUCUGAACCGGCACUCUUGGACACCGAGUGCCUUUAUUGAUCUACAGCCAAGGAGGAAGUCGAAUGUCUUGGGCAGGCAUAUACCGAGAUGGGGGGGCUGAGCCCAUGCCCCCUUUGCCCAAGCGAUCCAAAUUAUCCCAAUGACUAUCCACCCCCCUCAAAUCAAGGAGGACCCCCCCCCCAAGUCUUAUUGCGCACAGAUGACAAUCACACUGAAUUAACCAAGGGGGGAGGACCCCGCCAUCCUCAGUCUAGCACCUGCCCCUCAAAAGGUCUCUGCAAUGUACUGGUCAUCAGACGGUACCCAAGGAGGUGGGGCUUGCCUGUGCUUCUGGGGUGGAUGACAUUCUGACGCACAAGUGGGAUUCCCGGUCAACCACAGGAUGUGUAUGCGCACUUCUCCUCCCCCCACGCUGAGAGGAACACUCGAUAGUGUUGAGGACAUUGCUCCACUAUAGCAUUUUCCAGAAUUAUGAUGUUGAGGGUUAAGGGUCAAAGACUGUGAUGUCUCUUUCAUAAACUCCAUGGCCAAGAACUGUAUCAGUUCUAAACAUACGGAUGCAGAUUUUAAGGAAGACAAGAAGAUAUCGAAGUGCUGCCACACCAGAGCAAUUGUUUACAGUUUCUAAUGUCUGACUAUUCCAAAUUUGUAGUAACAAAUGCAUUAUAUGUGAUGUAUUGAUCUAUUUUUUAAAUAUCUUGCCUUCGUAGAAAUUCUUCAUGUUCUGUGUAUCGCUGGUCGAAACAAUCAGUCCUUAUAUUUCUAUUUGUAUCUGGUUCUGUCUUGUAUAAAUGUCAAUAUUCCCAUG